AUAUAUUUGUAUAAUUAAAAAUUUUUAUUUUCUAAUUUCGAUCAAUAAUUAUUAGAACUUCAAAGAGAGAUGAAAAUUUAAGUCUUCUCAUUAUUUUUCAUCAACUUGAAAAUUAAAUAUAUCUAUAAUCUUUUGACAACAAUUAUAUCGAUCGGCGAAACCGACGCAUGCGAAAAUUCAUCAUCAAGAAUAGAAGGGAGAAGAAAUGAAGCUAUUGACAAUGAACUCUGGAGUUUCUUAGUUUGCAAAACAAAUUUUUUUGAAAAUACAACAACAAAGGAAAAUGUAUUAACGAUAAAAGCACAGGAAGUAAUUUCAAAUAAUGGAUAAAUUAAAAUCCACCAUGUUUACAAACAGUUUAGUCGAAAAUUACGUUUACAUUUCAAAAAAUAAAUGGAUUUGUCUUUUCGACGAGCAGUAAUGAUGACAGUGAGAAGAAGAAGACGAUUACGAAGACGUGAAAUGACAGACUGAUGAUCUAUGGACCCAGUAGUGUUCGAAAUAGAUAGAUAAAAUAGAAUAAAAAGAAGAGGAUAGUUAGUGAAAUAACUAUACAAGAGUUAAAAUUUCUAAAAUUACAAAUAAUUAUAAACACGUGUCAGAGAAAAUGAGUCACGCGCAACAACAUGUACUUGCCAGUGCAAUAGUUCUCGCUCUGAUAGUGGUUUUCGGUAUCCACGUCUUCCUGUUCCCGAUGUACACAUCUAAUCCUGCAACGAGGCGCACGAAAAUCUCCGUUUAUGAGCAGGCUCUUUGUCACUCGAAUUUGAGGCCAAGUAAAAUUUCACUGCAAAAUAAGACGCCUUGUCCGAAAUAUGGAAUUGUUUCUGCCGUACAAGGCGGGAGGCUGGGAAAUCAAAUUUGGGAGUACGCAUCCGUGUGGGCAACUGCGAGGAGAACCGGUCUGGAACCGUAUGUUCCAAGAUGCAUCUUGAAAACGCUGGAAGAACAUUUUGAAAAAUUGAGCAUACCACCUCUGAGUAAUAUUGGAUAUUGUACAUUGGGUGUCGAUCAAAUUGUCUCCCUCAGUGAAUGGAACAGUACCCAUCAGAAUAUCAUAAUUCCAAGACACGCGGCCUAUUGGUCUCAAAUUUUAAUCUGGUUGGAUGACUUACGACAAGAGUUUAAAUUCAAAUUCAAAUACCGUUUGUAUGCACAAAUGGUAUUAAUGAAGGCAGCUUCACGAUUCGAAUUAACAAAUGCAACAUAUAUCAGCGUUCACGUACGCAGAACCGAUUACGUGGAAUAUUUAUGGCAAAAAUUUAACGUUCGACCAGCACCAGUCAGAUAUUAUUUAAACGCAAUGGAUUAUUUUCUAAAUAAAUUCAAAAAUGCUAUUUUCUUGGUUGCCAGUGACAAUAUUGCCUGGUGUAAAUAUAAUUUAAAAAGCGACCACCGAAUCACCUUUAUUUCCGAUUCAAAUGGCAAAGGACCAGGUAAAGAUCUCGCAGUUUUGUCUGCGUGCAAUCACAGUAUCAUCGAUUAUGGAACGUACGGUUCAUUCGCUGCCAUUCUCGCUGCCGGUGAGACUGUUGUUUUUAACGUAAGUUCUCAUUUCACAACUCUUAUUGCCGAAGCUCUAUCCAACUGGAUAAUUAUGAGUUAA